AUGAACAACGGCGCGGUGGGUCACGUGACGGAGUCUGCUGUGGCUGAGCGAAGCGUGUUAGCAGAUUUUUCUAUUUUCAGUCAAACCCGGGGGACCCGGGACAAGACCCUGCCCACAAACACACACACCCCACAGCCACAGAAACAGAUACAGCCUACGGCAGAACAGAUUCGUUUAGCUCAGAUGAUCUACGACAAAAAUGACCCAGACUUUGAAGCCAAGCUCCAGCAGCUGAUUGAGGUCACAGGGAAAAGCCAGGACGAGUGUUUGGUGGCGCUCCAUGAUUGUAACGGAGAUGUAAACAGAGCCAUCCUCUUCCUCCUCGACAGCCCUUCUGACACACAGAACUCUUGGGAGACUGUGGGGAAGAAGAAAAGUCCCGGUAAAGAUGGUGCCGCCACAGACACAAAGGAGAAGAAAGGCGAUCGGGAGCAGAGUCGUGGCCGAGGAGCGUCCAACCGCAGAGGCCGAGGAGUGAGCCGGGGAAGGGAAGCUCGAGUGGAAGAAAAUGGCUUUGAUGUGGCUCCAGGAGAGAGGGGUGGAGAUCGUGGACGACGGGGGAGGGGCAGAGGGGCUGGAGGGGCAGGUGGUCGUGGACGAGGCAGAGGAGUAGCAGGAAGCAGGUUUUCCUCCCAGGGAAUGGGGACGUUCAAUCCUGCUGAUUAUACGGCCAACUCCGGAGGUCGUGGGGAAUCAUGGGAAGAUGGAAACGGACCUGCUGAAGGACCAUGGGGAGGAAAUAUGGAAGACUGGGCUUCAGAAGACUGGUCUGAAGAUCUAUCUGAGACCAAAGUAUUUACUGCCUCUUCUGCCCCUGUGAACCACCAAAAUGUGGACUUGUCUCAGCUGCUGCCGAAGCCUGGUGCCUCAGCUGUGGACUCUGACUUGGGAGCCAUCGUGGACUGUCCUUCAGCUGAAGAACUCGGCCAAAGCCUGGUUUUCACCAACUCUCACCAUAAUGGACGCACUGCAACACAGAGCUACGCACACGCCACCGCUAACAGCUACGCCCACGCGGCUUCUGGGAACUCCUCCUACGCCGCCACCGCCGGCUCCUCUUACGCUCACGCCGCUUUGUCGUCGGUGCUGGGCUCCGGUUUCGGGUCUCUAAACACGUCGAAGGCCAUGGACCUGAGGUCCUCGGAGCCACUGCCUGCUCCUCGGCAGAGUCAGAGGAGCAGUCACCCUCCUGCACUCGCCAAUGGACCAGGACACAUGUCCGGCCCCGGAUCCAUCGCGCUGCCCCCGGCCUCAGCAGAGAGCAAAACACCACGGCUGGAUAACGGCCCACUGCCCAUUCAUCACUUGGAGAUGAAGGCGCAGCCGGAGCCGUCCGCGGUGCUCAGUCAGCUGGCCCAGAGGCAGCCACACUCACUCCUCACCACCUCAGAGCCUAUAGGCCUGACACAGACCCACGCGCCCCAGGUCCCCACCCCCCCAGGUCACGAGGUAUCAUCUGUGCGAGAUGGAGCCUCUCCUGGAGUGAAGUUGUCUGGUUUAGACGGUCCGGUCACAGAAGCUCCUCAGAGGCAGAUCAGGGCUCAGAGGCGCCGUGUCCCACCUCCCUCAAAAAUUCCGUCGUCUGCUGUGGAGAUGCCAGGAUCCACAGAUAUCCCAGGGCUGGAUCUUCAAUUCGGGGCCCUGGACUUUGCCUCUGACUCUUCUGCUGCUGCUACAGUGGACAUGUCUCAGUCAGAGCGAAGCAGAGAGCCCCCUGCCUCCAUGCCCACCCCCGCCCCAGUGCAGUCUCAGCAGAGCAGCCUGUUCUCCAAGCCCAGUGCUGUCAGUGAGCACAUGAGUGGCUUGCCCUCCCUGCCCUCAUCAGUCUCCGAGUCGGCUUUCCCAUCUCCGUCUCUGGGUUUGCCUAGUGCCACGGCCCCUGCCUCCAUGGCUCUGCCCAGCGGUCUGUCCCAGCCCCCCUCCACCUCCAGUCCCAGUGUGAGCCGUGUAGAGGCCAGCCGCACUCUACCCCCUCAUCUGGGCUUCUCUCAGAGCAAAGACCUGCCCUCUUCUGGUCCUGGACCGCUGACGAAUGGAUACAGCAACAUGAAGGCACAAAGCACAGCAGAUGCAUCGAGGACUUCCAAAGCAGACUCUCCGGUCCUGAGCAGUGACAGCGGGCCCUCCCAUCACUCUCCCCCCGUGGUGACUCCCUCUCACUCUGCCCCCAUCUCCUCCCUCAGUCAUGUGACCAGCUCUCAUUCGUCAGGGUCUGCGCUGAUCACCAACUCUGCCACGAUGACCAUUGAUGACAGCAGUAGCAGCCUCCACACCUUCCCUUCGUCUUCCGCUACGGCCGUGCCCAGCAGCGCCUCUGUUCCCCUGUCCACGAGUUCAAACGGUCUGCACCCGUCUGCGGCUCCAGGACUGGCCCCUAACGGACCCUCCGCGGUUCACGCAAACACCUCCCUGUCUGCAGUCAACAACCGCGCCGCACCGCUGCUCACCUCCUCCUCCGGUAAAGCUCCUCCCAACCUGGCUCAGGGAGUUCCUCCUCUUUUGGCAAACCAGUACAUUAUGGGCCCUGGUGGCUUGCUCCCAGCUUACCCGCAGAUCUAUGGAUAUGAGGAUCUGCAGAUGCUGCAGUCUCGUCUCCCUAUGGACUACUAUGGUGUAACAUUCCCUGGCACAACAGCCACAAUGCCUGGCAGAGACGGAAUGGCCAACAACCCAUACUCUGGCGAAGCCACAAAGUUUGGGCGAAACGACUCGUCUUCCCCGGCCCCUCCCACCAGUCUGUCAUCAGGGGGGAUCCAGUCCCAGCAGCAGCAGCCCCAGCCCCAAAGCCAGAGCCAGGGACAAGGACAGAGCCAACAGGCCCAGAACCAGGCCUUCCUCAACCCCCCUCUGCCACCAGGCUACGGAUACACCGGUCUGCCAUACUACGCUGGCAUGCCGGGGGUGCCCUCUGCCUUCCAGUACGGCCCCACAGUGUUUGUACCUCCUGCCUCAGCCAAACAGCCAGCUCUGGGCCUGGCCACUCCCUCCAGCCAGUACCACCAGCAGCACCAGGGAGGCUACGGCCAGCACGCCUACGGAGCCGCAUUUGAUGACCUGUCCCAAGCCCACGCUGGGGACUACAGUAAGGGAGGGUACGGAAGCUCUGCCCAGACUCAGGCCAAGGCAGCGGGCAGCGCCCCAGGAAAAGCUCCAGGCCUGUCUGCCUCAGGGUCCAGUGGAGGAGUCCCCGACAUGGGAGGAUCCAUUUACAGCAAAACACAGUCUUUUGACAAACAGGGCUUCCACACGGGCACACCUCCUCCCUUCAGCCUGCCCUCUGCCCUGGGGGGAACUGGCCCCCUGAACCCUGGAGGGGCUCCUGGUUACGCUCCAGCUCCGUUCCUCCACAUUCUGCCCCCACAUCAACAACCUCACUCCCAGCUGCUGCACCACCACAUGGCCCAGGACGGACAGGGCGGUCCUCAGCGCGGCCAGGCCGGCACCAUGCAACAGAAGUCCCAAGGCAGCAAGUCCAGCUACGGAAACUCCCCCUACUGGACCAACUGA